AGGUGAGCCUGGCUGCUUUGUUAUUUUCCCCUCACAGCAGCCAGUUCCUUUCUGGGUGCUAGGGAUGAAGUAACCUUCAUCCUGCAGGUUGUUUGCAGGUGCAGUGGUCGUCUGAAGCUGCAGCACAUGUCUUACAAUGGACCGGGAAACUAAAGAUACUGCUCAGCCUCCAGCGAGUCAAAAAGACACUGAAAGGAUCGACCCCUAUGGAUUUGAAAGGCCUCAGGAUUUUGAUUCCUAUAAAGAGAUGAUGAAUGAGUACGUGGCAGUCCUCAACAGAAGGUCAAUGAGGUGGUCCAAGCUGCUGCAAGACAAACCUAACGUGGAGAAGAACCUAACGGUGAAAAGGUAUGUGCGUAAAGGUGUACCUAAAGAGCACCGAGCCAGGAUCUGGAUGGCAGCUAGUGGGGCUCAGGAGCUAAUGGAGAUUAAGCCGGGUUAUUACCAGUCUUUGUUAGCGAUGGAGCAUGAUGCCAAGCUGAAGGAGACCAUUCAUACAGACAUGCACCGAACCUUUCCUGACAACAUCCUCUUCAAGACCCAUGCAGAGGAGUGUCUGCAGAAGGAUCUGUUCAAUGUGCUGCUGGCUUAUGGACACCACAACCAGGCUGUGGGCUACUGCCAGGGGAUGAACUUUAUCGCCGGCUACCUCCUCAUCAUCACCAAGGAUGAAGAGAAAUCCUUUUGGUUAAUGGAUGCGUUGCUGGGCAGAAUAUUGCCAGACUACUAUAGCCCGGCCAUGUUGGGACUAAAGACGGAUCAGGAGGUCCUUGGGGAGCUGGUGAAGACCAAAGCCCCUGCAGUGGGACAGCUCAUGGCCCAGUAUCCUGGCAUAUGGACACUGGUGGUGUCACGCUGGUUCAUCUGCCUUUACAUCGACAUCCUUCCAAUAGAGACUGUUCUGAGGAUCUGGGAUUGCCUUUUCUACGAGGGCUCCAAGGUUCUUUUCCGAGUUGCCCUGACUCUCAUCCUCCACCAGCAGACGGAGAUCCUGAGGGCGCGCUCACUGCCCGACGUCUGCGAGUGCUUCAAGCAGAUGACAAGUGGAUCUUUCACUCUUGACUGCCACACCUUUAUGCAGAAAAUAUUCACAGAACCCGGUCGAUUGUCGAUGGCAACUAUUGAUAAACUGAGAGAGAAAUACAGAAAACAAAUCCAGGAGGAGGAAUCCAGACAAUGAAACUUGAUAUCUUUACUAUUUUAGAUAAUAAAACAAUGUGGGCUUCUCUGGGUGAGCAUAGCACCUGCAGAAUGAAAGCCUCCAGCUGCUAAAUAGCUUUGUAUAGAUGUUGGUCUAUUUCUGAUGCUUUAUGACACAUAGUUGAUUAUUCUGUAAUUCAGUAGAUUUAGUAUAAACUUUAAAUCUUUUUGUCUGGAAAAACUUUCUGCUUUUCACAUAAUGAGAUUAUAUAUUUAUUCAAUAAGUAUUAGAACCCCUGAUGUUACUAUAGUUCUUGUAUCAAUGCCCCAUUGACAGAAUAGUUAAUUUGCUACCAUAUAGACUUCUGGUGUUUAACUUGUUGAACUGAAUUAGUACAAAUAAUACAGCUUUACUUUGGUGCGAUGACCACACACACACACACAUAUAUAUAUAUAUAUAUAUAUAUAUAUAUACACACACCAUCUGUUUCAGAAGUUAAUGAAAACAGAAAAGAGAUUAAGUUUUUGAUUUAGUUGGUAUUUAAAAGAGAAAACGUGAAUCUGUAGAACCCUGUAGCUUUAACAAUUAAAAACAAACUUUCACCACAUCUAGUCUUCAGGGGAAAACAAUGAUUUCAGCAAAGCAACAUGUUGAUUUCUCUGUUUAGACACGUCGUUUUAAGGACUUUAAGUCCCGCUUCAAACUCAUGACUUCCUCUAAGAAAGACUGUUGAUUAGAUAAUUUAAAUAAGAUCUAAUUAUAGAGAUUAAAGGGAAAAAAAACUUUUACUCAAAGGCUUGACUCAACUUAUAAACUAUGAGAUACUGCUCUUUUAUGAAACUUUGUUCUUUUUUUGAACCAUGUUGAAAGAAAACACUUUUUCUGUGAUGGAAAUGUAUGAAACCAGUAUAUUUAUUUACUGACCCUUUGUGCACAUUUCCAAGCUAUACUCUUUCAUUCUAAUAAAAGUACACAUACAUCUGCCUUAAUUUAUCACAUCAAGGACAUAUUGCUAUUAUCAGACAAAUAUAUAAACUAUCAACAUUCUGAUUUAGGGGAAAUUGAAUGAAUUGGUGCAUUUUUGAAAAUUUUCACAAGAGUUAAGUUGUUCUUUAUAACUCAAACAAUGAGCCACUAACUCGAUAAAUGUAUUUCAACAUGAAAUGGUCCUCAUGAAAAGUGUUCUUACAAUUAGUAUUGAAUUUUAGCAGAUUUUAGAAAAAGAAAAUCAGAAUCAAAUGUGAAAAAAGGAUCAGAUAUGGAAAUAUUUCUGCAGCAAUUUCUACUCCAAUAACCCUUAUUAAAACCGGGCUAAUUGCUCUUCAGAUGUGUGUAAUUUAAUCUUAGUAAAGAACACUAUAAAGAUCCUUAAAUAAAGGCACCUAAAGGCUGAAGGAAACCUUAGGACAGUUUCCUUCAGCCAGGGCAAGAAGGCUGAUCAGGGCAGAUAUAAUAGAGCUAAAUGGAUGGAAAUCUUUAGGGAAAAACUAGUUAGAGGUUUUAGAAAGAACACAAAACCAGAGCUACAAAGGUAGGGUUUAAAUUUAUUUAAUAGGUCAGACUGGCCAGGUCAAAAGUUGGCACUUUUCUAAAGGAGGAUCUAUUAAUUCAGACUCUCGAUGCAACUGAUCUGCAAACAAGCUCCACAGAAGGAGCUAACUUUUUCAUGCAAAUAGCUAGUUGAGACACACCUUGUAACAACUUGGAGCAGCAACAAGAGCAAAAGGCUCAACAUUUUAAGUUCUUUAGAACAAAGUAUACUUUUUCAUUUCUGUUUGUUUAAUCAUAAUUUUUAAGUUUUAAUGUCAUCUACAUUUUUGGUUCUUGAUAUUAAAUAUUUUAAAUCUGAAGUUUUCAAUAAACAUCUACAAUUACAAGAUGUUUAACCAAUUUCUAACUCCUAAAGAACCCCGUGCAUAAAACUGUUGUGUAGACAUGUUGCAGUUUUCUUAGUUAUAAAUUGAACAAACUCAAAUGACUCUAAACCCUGUGCAAUGGACGCAUCAAUAAUCUAUUCUACUUCCACUUCUAGGACCUUCAAACAAGCAGGAACAGGUCUGACCUGAUGAGGAUGAAGGCAAAACAUAAAAACACAAACAGCUUCAUUCUUUCACCUUUAUUGACUUCUCUUUUAAAAAACAGUUCCAACAAUUCCAAUAAAAUAUUAUUUCAUCACUAUGUAUUAAGGUGGGGAG